CUGACGCUAGAUGGCGAUUUUAAUUUCAAUGUUUACAAACACGAAAGAUAUAUGUUGGCGUGGACGGACGUCUGUAUAAAGAAUGAGCAGCAGUGCAGCUGCCGACAUGUCCAGCUCCAGCAGUGAGAGCGUCCCUGCUCCCACUUCCUCAGAGGUGAUGACAACAAACAGGUGUAGUGCUGGAGACACAGCUGUCAAUCCUCCAAAAGUUGCUGCUCCAGACUCUGCAAUGAAGUCUAGUGCUGCACCUCCUGCAGCUCUUCCUCCUACAUCUGGUGCAAGUGUUGCUGCUGCAGCACCACUUGGAAAUUUUUUAGAGCUGCAAUGGACUGAGCACAAGGAUAUAUUCAGUCAGAACAUUGCUAAACUCAGGCAUAAACACAUGUACACCGAUGCCACCCUUGCAUGCGAUGGCCAGUUCUACCCGGUGCACAAGUUUGUCCUGGCCACGUGCAGCGAGUUUUUCCUAGCUAUGUUUGAGUGGACUCCCUGCGUUAACCCUGUGCUGGUUCUGAACAACAUUCUCACCAGGGACCUAGAGCCAAUUCUUGACUUCAUGUACACAGGCGAGAUGAGUGUCAAGGAGUGCUACUUGGGUCAUGUGAUCAAGGCAGCUCAGAGCCUUCGAGUGAAAGGAUUGGCUUUUCCUGAUGAGUCAAGACCAGUUAUGCACAAGCCUCCCCAGCCUGUGGCUAACAUGAACAUGGCAUGUGCUGGCACUCCAGCAGGCAUUGCACCUCAGUUCCCUCGACCUUCUCUUCCAUCGACAUCUUCAGCAGAUACUAAGCAAAAUUUUGGUGUGAACAAAAGGGAAUAUGAGCCAUCUACAAAGCGCAUCAAGUCUGAACUUGACGACUCGAAACAAUCUGUGUUGAUGUCAGACUCUUGUUCAAAAUUACUGAAGCCACCCACUAAACCCAUCUCUCUACCAUCCAUCUCAUCUCUCACAGCUGCCCACCAUGACACAUCUCUCACCAAAUCCCAGCAGCUAUCUUCUAUAAGUCUGUAUGAUCCCAAAAGUAACAGACUGGUCCCAUCCCCCAAUGGUGCUCCAGCAGCCCCACUUCCAUCAAUGGUAGCGCGAUCUCAUCCCCAACUCUCAAGAUCGAGUUCCUCCCCUCAACAAUACACUCACCUUGCUGGGACUUCUUCAUCCCACCCACCGCAGUCAUCAAACCAAUCCUCUCGUCACCUGCAGCAGUUGCUGUCUUCACCAAAAAGCAAUGGAGGGCAACAGCCGCAGCAGGUAUACCGUAACCCUGCAGGAGAUGCACCACCGCAGCACAUGUUACAACAGCGCAAGAAAGAAGAGCUGCUGCAGCAUCAACAGCAACUCGAAAUGGAGCGCCGCCAGCUUCAGCACCAGCUCCAGCAGCAGAGAACGCUUUCCAGUCACCAACAGCAGCAUCAGCAAGUGGGACACAUACAACAACCACCACCACACAGUCAACCACAUCGUCCAGCGCAACAACAUGCAGUGAAUGAGCAUCAACAACCAUCACAUUAUGUACAUGCAUACCAAACACAGACUCAACUGCCAGCCCGUGGUGGACCACAUCAGUUGACACAUUCAUACGCUCGUCAACCAUCAUCACAGCUUCCCCCUAAUCAACAGCCCCUACCACAUCAUUUGCCUCAGUCUUCACCACAUCAUAUGCCUCAUUCAUCACCUCAUCAUGUGCCUCAGUCUUCUCCACAUCAUAUGCCGCAGUCUUCUCCACAUCAUAUGCCUCAUUCUUCACCACAUCAUAUGCCUCAGUCUUCACCACAUCAUAUGCCUCAGUCAUCACCACAUCAUAUGCCUCAUUCAUCACCUCAUCACAUGCCGCAGUCAUCACCUCAUCAUAUGCCUCAUUCAUCACCUCAUCAUAUACCUCAAUCCUCACCUCAUCACAUGCCGCAGUCUUCUCCACAUCAUGUGCCACAGUCUUCACAUCCACAGAUGCACUUAUCUACACAUCCCCAGACUUACCCGUCUUCACCACAUCCCCAGACGCUCCAGUCUUCAUCACAUCCUCAGAUGUACCAAUCCUCACCACAUCCCCAAACUCACCAAUCUUCACCACACCAUCAAGUGACGCCAUCUGCCUCGCAGCAACGUGGGCAGCAAGGCAGCAACUACCGCAGCAAGAGCAGCGUUGACAAGGACCGAGUGUCCGAGCUGUUAUUGGAGCAUCAGGCUGAGUUGUCUGGCGAUGGUAGCAAGAACAGCAACAGCAGCACACCAACUGGCAACAACAACAACCUUUCUACUGGCAACCAUAAUUUCUUGAUCAAUGAAACAUCAAGUGUCCCGAUGAUGCCUUCUGAUGCCAUUGGCAUCUCAGCUGUGGCACCAAAUAGCUGCCGUGGCGCUGUGGCAUCGAGUGGCUGCCGUGGUGCUGUAGCAGUUCUGGAUGCUGCGCCACUCACGCCUAUGGAGCAACAGAUCAUCAGCGAGCUCGGGGCUACUGAUGAAGCCAUCGGUGUUGAGGCUGACGCUGACAAGACUGAUGGAGACGCAGCUGAUGACAUGCUCGAUGUUCUUGUGAACGAAGACUCCCUGUAUGGCUUCAACGUCGACCCUGCAGCUGUGGCUGCUGCCGCCGCUCCUGAGGAGGUCAAGAACCUCGCCCCCAGUGCUGAUGGAGAGCCUGCUGCUGGGGGCCGCAGUGUUAAACUCAGGGAUCGCCGCUCAACUCGUCCAAGAACUCAAACUCGUGCCGUCGCCCCAACCAAGAAACGCAAGCGCAAGCCGUCCAGCGCGGGCAACCUGACCCUCAACGUAUUUUCCCUUGAAAAUCCUUCUGUCGCUGACCACCUUCCUACGGGAUCUGGUAACCCUGAAAACCCUUCUGAUGGCUCUGAAAACCCUCGUGCAGGAUCUAGUAACGCAGAAAACCCUACUGAUGGCUGUGAAAACCCUGACGCUGUUCACAUGACCUCCUCCGAACUGUGUGCUGAUGGUGGAAUAGAGUUGACUGCUGAUGUAGAGAUAAAUUCCGACGCUGCAUACGACGUUAGUCUCGUCGCUGGCUCUAGCACGAGUGACGCGAGUGCUGGCAGCCAGAGAACGGUCCCAAAAGUUAAGUGUCCUCACUGUUCUAAAGUUUAUCACAAGUCUGAGGCUCUUGCUAAACACUUGCUGACACAUCAGGACAAAGAGUACUCAUGCGCGCGUUGUGAUUUUGUUUCCAAAGACAUUGGUGAGAUAAGGGAACAUAAACGCUCGCACAUGCAAAAGCACUGCACACUCUGUAACUUCUCCACUAACAGAGCUGAUGCUAUGAAGAAACAUCUGCUCUGCCACGUGGGGGGUAACCAUGUGGGGGAUGGGGUAUCAUCAUGCAACAUGUGUGACUUUGCCCCCAAGAAUCAGACGGCCCUGAAGCAUCACAUCAAGCAUCAUCAUGACACCGUCCUCGUUCGCGAUGCUUCGUGAUCAUGUCUCUGCGUGAAUCCUUUACUAAUUUUAUGAUUCACGAGCUUCAUUUUGAAUUUUGUGAUUCGUGCGCUCCGAGGUGCCUUUAGACCAGCGCGACACUUGCGUCCCAACACUAGUGCAUUACAAUUGGAAGUUUUGUGUUGUGGACUCUGCGUUAAGUGUGCUCACUAUUACACGAAUUACAAUAUAUUGAUUGUGUGCGUGCACUGUUUUGUGUAGAUUGUAUAAGUGUUGGUGCCUGUCACUCUUCGUGACAUCAGAACAAUACACGAACGCAUCCUGUUUUAUAAAGCGCGCCUUAGCUUCUUCUUGCUUUCGUUCAUUCUGUAGGAUAAGCGUGGAUUUCUUUAUAUUUCAUUUAGAAUUCGGAAACAUUUUCUUAUGUUUUCGAAGAUCAGAAUAUGAAUUAAUGGUUUUACUUGUGCGUCGCGCAUUUCAAAUUGAUUAUUCCUAUAAGUUUUAAAACUUGGAUUGUAAAAGAAAUGAAGGUCAAGGUAUAAUGGAAGGGUCCAUAUGAUCAAUAUAAUUGAAUCAUUUACAUUACACCAAGAAUUUGAUGUAACAGCGAGAAAGUGGAAACUGUAAAAAAGUAAUGGCUUCAUUACGAGAAAACCGCUAGUACAAAGACCAUAAACGUGCAACUCUUCUUGAGCUUUUGGUUAUUUGCUUAUGCUAUUAAUUACCUAUUAAUUGGAUCCAUACGUACAUAUCUUGUGUUUUAAUGUGACGUUUUUUGUUGAUAUCGCUUUAGUGUAAACCUUAAAUCCACAGAAAACAUGAUAGAAGUUAAAUUGGAUUUGUAAUGGACAAACAUUUAACUCUUGACUGGUCGCUGAAUGCUAUCCAACUUAGGUUUGAACUUCAACGCGAGUUACUGGGACAAACUUUAUUAAUUUGUGUCA